AUGGCUUUAGCUAAAGCUUUGAAGGGUAUUGUUGAAGACUUUUGCAAAUGGACGGGGCAAAGGAUUAAUGUCAAUAAAUCACAAAUUAUUUUCGGUCAGGUUGUCAGAUACCCUAUGAAGAAGAAGAUUGCUAAAGUUUUUGGCUUCAAAGUGGUCAAGGAGAUGAAUUAUCAUGUGAUAAAGAUUUCUCUUGACAGGUUGAAGGCGGCUGACUUUCAAGAUCUUUUGAGUAAUGUCAUGGAUAGACUCAAUGCUUGGGGUAAGAAGUCUCUAUAUAUGGGUGAAGUUUCAUUUGGCAUAAACCUGAUGGCAGCCGUAGUAUACAUUAUGUUGCUUGGGAUGAUUUGUACAAACCGAGAAGCAUGGGUGGGCUGGAAAUCGAAUACCUUGUUCCAUAGAUCAAUCAAAGCUAAGUAUGGGAAGGAUGUUAUGAAUGGUACACAUAAGAAAGCUACUUCUAAGGCUUGGCAGAUCUUGCUUGAUGGAGGAAGACACCUUAAAAGUAUUAUCAGAUGGAAAGUAGGCAAUGGUGAUGAGAUUAAUGUCUUAAAUGAUGUUUGGAUACUAGAUAAAUGCAUUAAUCGAUGGCCCACAUUUGUUGAUUGUAAUUCUUUGGAGGGGAUUUAUGUUCAGCAGCUGUUAUUGGAUGAUGGCCAUUGGAAUCUUACCCUGCUUCAGGAAGUCUUUCAUCCAUACCUUAUUGUUUUGAUUAAUCAAAUUCAGAUUGAUUUUAAUAGGGAGGAUCGGGUGGAGCUGCAGAGUUUAUGUUCGGGUAAGACAGUCUCUGCCCUCUCUUAUGAUCAUUUGGUGAAGUGUAGAUUCAAUUUAAAUGAUGAUGGAUAUUGUAAGUGGCUAAACAAACUCAAACUUAACAAGAAGGUGGAGAUGUUCUGGUGGAGACUUGGAAAAUCUGCUAUUCCUAUUAAUCUCUUUCUUAGGAACCGCAUGAUUUCGUCAACUGAUACAUGUGCUAGAGGCUGCCAAGUAGUGGAAAUCUACGAACAUAUUAUGGUCAAUGAAUUAAGGAGACUAACAGCCCAGAAUCUUGGCAUUGUGAAAAUUUACUGCACCAUUAUCUACUUCUCUUGGAAAAACAGGAAUGACGUUAAGCAUGGCAAAGCUGCACUACCUUGUUCUUUGGUAGCAGCAAAUGCUCUUUCCUUAGCCAUCACCAAAUCCAUUCCUUAUCUUGCUAAUUGGGGUACUAACCUCCUUAGUGAGUUUCAAAACACUUGGUGCCCUCCACUGAAAGAUUGGAUGAAGAUUAAUGUUGAUGCUUCCUUACUUAGUUCUGGCCUUGCUGGAAUCGGUGGUGUUUUCAUGGAUCACAAAGGUAGAUUCAUCCUUGUAUUUGGAAAGAACAAAGUUCAUUGGGAUAUUGCUCAGCUUGAGCUGGAGGCUGCACUCUCGGUGAGGGAUUUUGUUAGAAGCUGGAUGAUUGAAUACAAAGGGGUGAUCGUGAAGAGUUCUAAUUUUGCUCAUUUGGGAAUCGAUCUCUCGUCCGAGUAUUCAUCUUUGUCUGGAAAUAAAAAUCCAUUCAAAGUUUGA